AUGCGCGCGUCGGUCAUCAUCCUCGGCUUCCUUGCCACUCUCACUGUCGCCCUCCCCGAACCAUACCCUAAGGCCCAAAUCGCAUGCCAAUCGGACACCAUGGUUUGCACGGCUGCUAACUGUGCCGGCGAAGGAUGCUGCUGUGAGGGACUUACUUGCGGAUCCAACGGUACUUGCAUGCCACUAUAA